AUGGCCUCGCCUACUCACGACCCGGCUGACAUUCUUUGCUGGAUGAGGGAUGUGUCCGGAACUUUGGAGGACACAAGCUCACUUGAAGAAGAGGUGCCAAUUCCCCCUGAGGUUAAGCAAAUUCAAGAGACCAGUUCUGGUACCGCUUACAUUGCUGACCGGUCUGCUUCUGGAAGUGGAUCACGGGCAAGCGAAUCUGGAGAGACGCCAGCUCUGACGACAAACUCAACAUGUACCAAACGCUCCUCACGAUCUGAAGAUGAAACUGACAAUGAAAGUGUCAAGAGACAUCACUUCAUGACCCGAGCAUCGAAUGUUGCGUUCCCUGUUCCAUCUGUCAUGAGGAUUGCGCAGACGAAAUGCUCCGAAUGCAAGGAAGCCUUCAUGUUCUCGAUCCUUUGUCGCGAUUCUUACGUCCCGAAUCUGAAGACCAAAACCUACAGCGAGCAGCCAAUGGAGCAGACCAUUUGCAACGAUUGUCAGGCCGAGACUGAUUUCGGAAGUCGAAUCCUCCAAGGUGAGCAUAUUGCCGAGCCAUUUCCCCGCGGCGGCGCUCCCCGACGUAUGAUAGAUUGGUACCGUCAAGUAAGGGAUGAGUUUGAAACCAAAGCAAAGUUGAGCUUGGGUGACGGAAUGAGACCGAUCGACGUCUCCGGCAUGAUUCACAAAGAGAUUUUCGCCGAGAUGGAAUCAUGGCUGUAUUUUCUGAAGGAGGAUGUGGCUCACAGAGUACAGGCAAGUAUCGCUAAGAUUGAGACAGAGCUGGAUGAAACUCACUGGUGGAAUCGCGCUGGAGUGGACGCGGAAGAAGAGUUUGACAUCAACCCAGGCUAUGGCAAUCGCUCAGAUGGUGGCGAGGACCGCGGCGAGGACGGCAUGAGUUACGAGGACUUUGAUGGCCGCUGGCAUGGCGAUGAGACUCAGGCUGGGCACAGGGAUUACGAUGCCGCUAACUAUACCUGGUGA